CCGAAUCUAACCGUAUGAGACGGCCGGCCUUCCCCUUCUUCCCUCCCGUCACCGAGUCUACGCCCCUCUUCCUCUUUCGCCAGUCAAACUCGCCUCGAAGCCAUAUACUCCACAAACCCUCCAGUUUUUCGCCCUCUCGUUUCCAUGGAUUUCUAAUCUCCACUACUAGUUCGCAAUCCUUUGGACGGAGUCAUGGGGAACUGCUUCAACUUGUUGUCCAGGGUCGACGGCUCUCAGACCCCCCCAAAUUCUACUUAUGGCUCGAGAGGAAUCACCAGCAAAACCAGCGCUUCUUCGCUCCCAUCGACUCUGACAGCUUCUACUACAUCCAACCUUGGCUCGACUUCCUAUAGCGAAACCGUCGUCAGAGGAACUCUUCCUACGCUGAAAAGCGAAGGGGAAAUUCUGUCCUCCAAUUUGAAGAACUUCAGUUUCAGCGAUCUAAGGAUUGCUACCAGAUACUUUCGCUCCGAGAGUCUCAUCGGGGAGGGCGGGUUCGGUUGCGUGUACAAAGGGUGGAUCGACGAUCAAACCCUAGCCCCUUCGAAGUCUGCGUCGUCGGCGGCCAUGUUGGUCGCGGUGAAGAAACUCAAACCUGAUGGAUUCCAAGGUCACAAGGAAUGGCUGACUGAGGUCAACUAUCUGGGUCAACUCCACCACCCGAACUUGGUCAAGCUGAUCGGCUUCUGUUCGGAGGGCGAUAAUCGGCUCCUGGUCUACGAGUUCAUGCCGAAAGGAAGCUUAGAGAACCAACUUUUUUUCAAAAAAGGACCUGCGACUCUGCCUUGGGAAACUAGGAUCAAGGUCGCAAUUCAAGCUGCGAGAGGCAUAUCCUUCCUGAACGACGAGUGCGAGAUCAUUUAUCGAGACGUGAAGGCAUCCAACAUACUCCUCGACAACGAUUUCAACGUGAAGCUUUCGGACUUCGGCCUGGCGAAGGACGGACCGACCGGCGACCAGACUCACGUAUCGACGCAGGUCAUGGGAACUCAUGGAUAUGCAGCUCCGGAGUACAUUGCAACAGGCAGGCUUUCUGUGAAGGCCGACGUGUACAGCUUCGGGGUCGUGUUGCUGGAGUUACUGACGGGGCGAAGGGCCUUCGACAAAACGAAGGCGGGGGCGGAGCAGACCGUUGUGGACUGGGCGAAGCCUCAUUUGGGCAACAAGCACAAGCUGCACCAGAUCGCCGACUGGAGGCUGGAGGGGAAGUACCCAAAGAAACAGGCCCUCGAGCUCAGCAUCCUCGCUCAGCAGUGCAUCGGAAGCAAUGCGAAGAAACGGCCGCGCAUGGCUGAGGUCGCCGCCUCGCUGGAGAAGCUGCAGUAUGCAAAGCAUGGUGCUGCUUGGGUUCCGCAGGCCGAGCGGCAAAGGAAGGCGAGUUCUGGUUCGGCCGUCACACGGUCGUCGCCGGUCCAGAAUCGUCGUUCCCCGCUGCGUGCGCCCCGCAGCUAGUGACUCUCCUUUACAAAUAUUCCUUUUUUAGGUGAGCUUUUCAUAUGGAUGGAUUCUUUUGUCAUGGAGAUAUUCUCAUGAAAUAAGUUUUUGCGUGCAAAUUAAUGAA